AUGGCUGCCGCUACCACUUUCUACGACUUCGAGCCCGUCGACAAGAAGGGCGAGACUUUCCCUCUCACCUCCCUCCAGGGCAAGGUCGUUCUCGUCGUGAACACCGCGUCCAAGUGUGGCUUCACCCCGCAGUUUGAAGGCCUCGAAAAGCUCUACCAGACCUUGAAGGAGCGCUACCCCGAACAAUUCACCAUCCUCGGAUUUCCCUGCAACCAGUUCGGCAGCCAAGACCCCGGCUCCAACGAUGACAUCCAAUCCUUCUGCCAGCUCAACUAUGGCGUGACAUUCCCCGUACUCGGCAAGCUCGAUGUGAAUGGCAGCGAGGCCGCCCCCGUCUUCAGCUGGUUGAAGGAACAGCAGCCUGGCCUUAUGGGCUACAAGCCCGUCAAGUGGAACUUUGAGAAGUUCCUCGUUUCUGCUGACGGAAAGGUCGUCGGUCGCUGGAGCAGUCUCACCAAGCCCGAGUCUCUGCAAGACCCUAUCGAGAAGGAGAUCGCGAAGGCCAAGGCGGCUGGCACUCUUGCCUCAGGAGAACAGGCCAAGUCGUCCUAG